AUGGAGAGAGUGGGGGAGGCGCUGAGGGUGGGUAGAGUGAUAGGGGAGGUGGUGGACCCCUUCACACCAACUGUUACCAUGGAGAUCUCCUACAACCCCAGGAAGGGAGUCGCUAACGGCCAUGAGCUGUCGCCAGUGGCCACCCAGGCGAAGCCCCGGGUCGAGGUCGGUGGCGGCGACAUGCGUUCCGCCUUCACCUUGGUAACUCAGCGCACACACAUCUCCUCCCAUCUCCCUCUCUCCCUCUCUCUCUCUCUCUCUCACGAUACACACACAUCGGUUCUCUGGUUUCUUUGUGGGUGUCUGAAGAUCAUGACGGACCCGGACGCCCCGAGCCCCAGCAACCCUCACAUGAGAGAGCACCUUCACUGGUUAACCUCUCCUCUUGAGACUGAAACUUACCCAUGAAUCAUACCAUACUUCCUCAUAUGUGGGUUUAUAGCCCGUUUUAUUCACCAUCCGUUCCCUUUUGUCUCAGGAUGGUUACCGAUAUCCCCGGCACUACUGAUGCAUCAUUUGGUGACCUACUCUCUCUCUCUCUCUCUCUCUCUCUCUCUCUCUCUCUCUCUCUCUCUCUCCCCUUGCGUCAAAAGGGCAAGAGGGAUAUAGUAUAAAAACUGGAAUUUCAAUCUCCCGCGAUGCAUCGCCGGAGAACACUCCGCUAUCGCCAGCCCCAAAAGGAAGGUUGAUGGGGAUGGAGGGAGCUUAAGAUAGCGUUUGACCCACAACUGCGCCUGCUUUUGGGGCCGCCGAUCUUAACCCACGAAGCAACGACAGACAUCAUCAUGUAUAUCACCUUCUAUCGGGGCUUCAUCCUUUCCCCAUGAAGAUAAUAUAGGAAAGUGAUUUAUAUAUUAUAUUAUACAUUAGAAGAUGGCGAUUUCAUCUUCUUCCGCUUCUUGUCUAUUUGGAGAUGACGGGACGCUUGGACGCAGGAAGAGAGCUAGUGAGCUACGAGCCUCCGCAGCCGUACCACGGCAUCCACAGGUUCGUCUUCGUCCUGUUCAAGCAAAGGGGGCGGCAGACCGUCCGCCCCCCCGCCUCCAGAGACUGCUUCGACACGAGGAAGUUCUCCGACGACAACGCCCUCGGUCCACCCGUCGCCGCGAUCUACUUCAACGCCCGCCGGGAAACCGCCCCCAGAAGACGAUGA